UCACAGUUCCACAGACCAUCAGACCAGGAUGAAAUUGUGGAUUGUGAUUACUGUCACCUUUAAGCUGGUGGGCUUCAUGCAAGCGCAAUAUGCCUUCAAAACGUUGAAAGUAAACUAUCAAGCGGACUUCUCAUGGGAACUGUACAAAAAGCUAUUCUCCGGAUUCAAACAAAACACGGUCAUAUCACCGUACUCCCUUCGGAAAAUAUUCUCCUGCAUCCAAGAGUUGACCAUCCCUAGCGAUGCAACCACUUCAGCCCUCAACAAAGAGUUCAACAAAGUACUGCUGCUCAAACAGCAAAACCAACUGUCUGAUCUGAUCCGUCGACGGUACGCAGUCCAGUGGAGAGCAUAUCAACAGGAAACAGCUCUCAAUGUCACAACGGUAGCGACGAUAAUUGGACGGGCAAAGAUGUCCCCGGCUUUUAAAAAUCUUCCCAGUACUUGCGCGAUGUACAUUAGAUCCCUCCAAGCAGGCAGUUCCAAGCAAAUGGGACGCAUAAUGAACGCUGCCAUGAAGAACAUAUCCAACAAUUUGGUGGAGGGAUUCUUCAACGGGUCUGAUAUUGACCAGGAAUGGGACUUUUUCGUUGCAGAUUCCUGGAAGUUUGAAGGUCUUUGGAAGUAUGAAUUUGAUGAAGAGGGCACAACAACCUGUAAUUUCUACCCUCGCAAGAGUGAGAAAGGUUUGAUGAGGUUUAUGUACUUGGAGGAAACAUUGAAGUAUGGAUACUUCCCGAAAUGGAACACGGAAGCCGUAGAAUUACCAUUCCACGACAAAAGUCAAUUCUCCUGCGUAUUGAUGAUGCCAGUUGGGGCGAACAUUGAAGUUAUGAUCAAUAGUUUGAAUCACGAAAGGUUUCAGGAGAUCUAUUCAAAUAUGACGGCUUCCAAAACGACGGUUCGACUUCCCCAGUUUAAGCUGAGGGCGAAACUUGCGGCCAAACACUUGCUCCGGUGGAUGGGAUUGAAUGUGCCAUUCAAUGAAACUGUAUUUCAUGUGAUUGAUCAGAAAAAGUCAGUUUCGUUGGGAGAUAUCAUUCAGAAGGUGGAAAUCGUUAUGAGUUCGAAGGGUGAACUAAGAGCUAAACCUUACCAUGAUAGAAGAAGGGGAAACGAAUUCACAGCCCACAGACCGUUUGUGUUUGUUGUUUUUGAUCGAAAUGGGUUGAUUCCGAUCAUUAUCGGACACAUAGUGAACACAAUUACUUCCAAACAAAUAACGCCAGAAUCGGAUGAACGUCUUUGUGAUCAUCCACCGAGAAACUUCUAUUGACAUAAUAAACAUUAAUAUUAUUGAAGCAACAGUUCUGUACGAAAAAUCUCCUUAACUUUGUGUAUCUGCAAAUAGUCAGUUUUUUUUUUUUUAAUGAUUUGUAACUGCCUCUCACUUCAAAGGGUCUGGGUUCAAUCCCAGUUGGGAAGUAAAGCUGAUGUUCCCUGGUCCUUGAGAUGAUCAGUCGAUAGGUAGGGUCCAGGUGUGAGAGCUGCCUCCUUAGUGUCGGUGGCAGUACGGAAAAUAAGAUCGACGGAAAACAAAUAAUUUUUCCCUUUAUCAAUACAGUGCCUUAGAAAUAACCGUUUUUGGCAAAAAAAAAUUCUUCCCGAUUUUGGCAACAACAUUUAAAAUCAAACAGAUCAUGA